AUGGGACACGCUUCACAAGAUCACUCCAGAGAUCCUUGCCCUUGGGUCAUUCUCAAUGAUUUGGGUGGUGCUUUUGUUAUGGGUGCUGUAGGUGGUGGUAUUUGGCACUCUGUUAAAGGUGCAAAGAAUUCACCCAAAGGUGAACGUUUGACGGGUGCUGUCUCUGCCAUGAAGGCUCGUGCUCCUGUUUUAGGUGGUAACUUUGCUGUUUGGGGUGGUCUUUUUUCAACAUUUGAUUGUGGUUUAAAGGGUAUUAGACAAAAGGAAGAUCCUUGGAACUCUAUCCUCUCUGGCGGUUUGACUGGUGGUGUUUUGGCUGCCCGUGGUGGUGUCAAAGCUGCUGCUGUUUCUGCCGUUGUUGGUGGUGCUCUUCUUGCUUUGAUUGAAGGUGUUGGUAUCGGUAUCUCUAGAAUGACAGCCGAUCAAAAUAAGCCUGUCAUGCCUCAGAUUUAA